CGGCCGAGAAAGAAUCGUGCUGUCCUCACCCAGGCCACGUUCCAGCCUCGAACCCACGACCAACUUUCCUUUCUUUUAUUCCUCCUGCCCUCGCCUUUUUCCGCAGAGAACUCUGACUAGAUCUCACGAGACUUCUCUCUUCCCGCUUCGGAAGCUGAAGCUUUGUUGCUGGGGACUGCUCGGAGGAGACGAGGCGAUGCACGACUUCUGCUUCACGAUCCCGUACGGGCUCGUGGUCCUGGUGGGAGGGCUCGUGGGCUACGCGCGGAGGGGCAGCACCGCGUCGCUCGCCGGCGGCGUGGGCUCCGGCCUCCUCCUCCUCCUCGCUGGCUUCCUCAGCCUCAAGGCCUUCGAGAAGCGCCGUAACUCUUACCCUGCCUUGAUCAUCGAGACGGUUUGUGCCCUUGUAUUAACAAUUCUUAUGGGGCAAAGAUACCUGGAAACGUCCAAGAUAAUGCCAGCUGGAGUAGUUGCUGUUCUCAGUGCACUUAUGUCUGGAUUCUACCUUUACAAGAUUGCAACUGGCGGCAAUCAUAUCCCAUCCAAGGUGCAGUGAACAUGUCAGUUGAAAUUUCAAGUAUACAACAUACUAUGGGGAAAGUGACAUGGUAAUGAGAAUCAGGUUCUCAGUUUGUAAGUUUUCUCAGUUCUGUUGCAGAAGGAUACGGUUAUAUCUUAAUGGCGUAUAUCUUAAUGGCACAUGUUUUAUAUGCUCGGUGUUUUCGGUGAAAGAAAAUGGAAGUUAUGGAUAGACCCAUCAGAUUGCUUAUCUUGUCAUUUUGAUGAUUUCAUUAAACUGAACACCCUGUAAGGCAGAUGCUGUUUUUUUCCUGAAGACUUAAAAGAAAAGAAUGUGAGAUAACUUUGCAUUCCA